CUGAGGAGUGUUGGCCGUCUAACGACCCCCUUCAUGAUGUCUGUGUUUAAGCAAGUUGCAUUUGUGCGAGGUGCCGAUAAAGCGCACGCCGUUCUUGCCCCUCAUUCUCAGUCUUCGCACACAGCGCAGCUGUUGAGCGGAGACGCUGCUAGGAAGUUCUACGACGACACUGUGUCGCUACCGUCAACGUCUGUUGCCGUUGUCGAGCCGUCGACGUCGACGUGCGCAGGUCGAAGUCACGGGCGCAAAACAUUGCAUUUUCAACCGGUGAAACCUAUAAAAGUCAGUGAAUACUUCAUUGCCGCUCAGAGUAGUGAUAUUUUAAAGCUAAAGCGUUGUCUAGGUUCUGGCAUUGAUGUAAACGUCACUGAUAUUUUUGGUUGGACUGCUCUUAUGUGUGCCUGUUUUGAGGGUGCCGUAGCCAGCGUUCAGUAUCUCUUAAAAAAUGGCGCGAGCAAGUACCUGACAAAUGCGCAAGGGAAAACCGCCAUCGAACUAGCUGCUCAGCGUGGGCAUGUUGAAGUCGUUGAAAUGCUCUGUAAGCCAGAAAAACUCGCCAAGGCGAAGAUCAUUCUGAGCACGGAGCGGCAGGCUGACACUUCUCGACGCCAUCCAGAGCAAUUAUGCCGCGUGUGUGGCAGUUACUUCACUUCCUCAGAAAUGAACACUCAUGAAACUUCAAUAGUGCAUCAGUUUAACCUGAGACGGGAUAGCGCACCGGGCGUGACGCAUUACGGCAUUUCCGAGGACAACGCCGGUUUCCAAAUGCUUCUCGGUAUGGGUUGGAACAGGGAGAAAGGGUUCGGACUACGGGAGCAGGGACGCAAGUUCCCCGUGAAAACUGUGUUCAAGCGCGACCGCAGCGGACUUGGAGUCGAGGCGUCCACUCCCCGAGUGACGCAUUUUGCACCACAUGAUAGAGCCGCCGUUGCAAACGUGCGUGGAAAAGAUUCGCGUGAAGGUACGGCACAAUCGCUGAAGAGCAAGCGGAAAGAACAGGAGAGCCGCUCUCGAAGAAUGAAACAAAUGGAGAUCGAAUUUCGACGGUCCUUCCACUAGCUGCAGCAAAGAGCUCUCUUCAAUGAAUCCUACAACAGCACGGGUGAAGCAGUACUUGGCAGACAUUGAAUCGACUGCCGAGACAAUCUUAGCUGACAAAGAGCAAGUGGUU